GCCACUCCGAAAACAGAAACGCUGAAUUGAGUGUUGUUUAUAAUGGUGUUUUAGGAAGGCGAAAGUGUAGUGCUGUAAGAGUGAUGCAGGAUUUGAACUAAUUGUUUUCUAUUCUAAAUUUAUUAUAAUCGUAUACCAACAAAAAUGGCCCAAGAUGCAAGUGUUAAAGUUGAAUCUAUUGAAGCAUUAACAAAGGAAGCCAAUUCUUUGAAAACCAAACUUGAAGAUGAACGUCAAAAACUAAAUGAUGUUACACUGAGCACAGUUGCCGAGAGGCUUGAUGUGAUCAACUAUCUCAACAUCAAACCUCGUAGGGUGCUCAAGGGUCACCAGGCUAAAGUCUUGUGUUCAGAUUGGUCGCCUGACAAGCGGCAUAUUGUCUCAUCUUCUCAGGAUGGUAAGAUGAUUAUUUGGGACGCUUUUACCACUAACAAAGAGCAUGCUGUCACCAUGCCCACAACUUGGGUGAUGGCUUGCGCUUAUGCUCCUACUGGAGGCAUGGUGGCUUGUGGUGGCUUAGACAACAAAGUAACUGUGUACUCUUUGACUCUGGAAGAAGAUGUAGCUGCAAAGAAGAAGACUGUUGGAACGCACACCAGUUAUAUGUCUUGUUGCACGUUUCCUAACUCAGAUCAGCAGAUCCUGACAGGUAGUGGUGACUCUACUUGUGCACUGUGGGAUGUGGAGUCAGGUCAGCUCCUCCAGACAUUCCAUGGUCAUGCUAGUGAUGUGAUGGCGAUCGAUCUUGCUCCAUCGGAGACUGGCAACACUUUUGUCUCUGGGAGCUGUGACAAGAUGGUCCUGAUCUGGGACAUGAGGACUGGUCAAUGUGUCCAGUCAUUUGAGGGCCAUCUCUCCGACAUUAACAGUGUCAAGUUCCACCCUAGCGGCGACGCUGUGGCCACCGGCUCUGACGAUUCCACAUGUCGCCUCUUCGACCUGAGAGCAGACAAGGAAGUUGCAGUUUACAGUAAAGAGAGCAUAAUUUUUGGAGCAAAUUCAGUAGAUUUUUCAGUUAGUGGACGGCUGCUGUUUGCCGGUUACAAUGACUACACGGUGAACGUCUGGGAUACACUGAAGUGCGUACGGGUCAACCUCCUGUAUGGCCAUGAGAACAGGGUGUCGUGUCUCCAGGUGUCUCCGGAUGGCACUGCCCUCUCCACUGGCUCCUGGGAUUACACUCUCAGGGUGUGGGCCUAAUGUUGUUGACCCACUCUCCAGCAACCGAAUUUCACGAGGCUAGUCCGGCAUUCAACCUUUACUUACUAUUACCAAUGUACCUCAGAUAGCAAUGCAUUUAACCAAAAUACUCGUACAUUAGUGUAUACCAAGUAUUUGUUGUGUUUGUUCCAAAGCCAAACUCCAAAACAGUGUUAGAAUAGGCUAAUUUUAUUAAUUAGAUAAAUUAUAAUAGAUUAGUUGUUGAACUAUCCCUAAUUAAAAAAAAUAGUUUCGAGAUUGUUAAGUUUUUAGGAAUUUAUCGAGGUUAAACUCCAUGUCCAUUAAGUUUUGUAAAUUGUAUGUUAAUUUUAUACAUUAAGUAUAUCUACUAGUCAUAGUGUAAGUCAAGUUAUGUAGCCUAUCUAUCUUUCUCUAUCUUUUAACCCUUUUAUACUUUAUCAAUCGUUAAGCAGAAUUAUUUAAAUGAAGGUAUCAACAGCAUAUUUUUCUUUUAAAUAAUAAAUCUGAAGGCAAUGUCUACUUUAA